AGCUUGACAGUGCCAAAGAGAGCCAUGAGGUUGACCUCGGUCGUGCAGGACCUCACUCCCUUGGAAAUGGCGGCCUCCAAGCGCCGUCGGAAAUCCACAUUCAAAGCGCUCGUCCAUAUAAGAUGGCAGCUAGUUCGAGAUUACGUUAGAUCCGGGCGUUUCCGUGAAUUAUAUAGAGACCCAGGAUACGAAGAGAUGGAUCGAGGAGGAGACGCGGACUACAUUGUGUUCAGAAUGGGAGAGCGCGAGAAAACGUUCUUUGAGAAACUUGGUAUGGACACAGGACAAAAGAAAAUGUCAUUUCGUGAAGUGGCUGAAAAAUUAAUGGAACAAAAGUUAAGCUCAAGCGGAUAUGAGGAUCCCAAUGAAAUGAUGUUUCUAGAACAGUACAAGAAGAGGAAAGAGGAAAGGCGAAUAGCUGAAGAAAAGGCAAAGGCUGAGAAAAAGACAAAAACGGCAAAUGAACAGCAGCAACUAAAUGCCGCCAGUGGAACCCAGUUGGAAACCGUAGUGGAGGAAGGUGUGCCAUCGCUUGACCUCAAUUCUAAUGAGUUAAAUUUUCCUAAUGAUAGUUCUACAACAGAUAUUAGAAAAAGUAGUGUAAUGUUCAACGAUACACUGAGUACUACCAGAAAUGGGAGUAUAUUUAAUGGGAGUUACAUAUCUACUGAACGUAGACAUAGUGCCAUGACGGACACAGACAGAAGCGUCAUCACGGAUGUUCUUAAUGAUGACGUCACUAGAGAUUUAUUUAACUCUUGUCCAUCUCGGAAAUCUACAGCCUCUCUACGCAUGCGCCCUAAAAUGUUGGAUGCUAUGAAUGGAUUUGAUUUUGAUGAAGGAGAAGAUAUAGCACUCUCAGAUUUGAAAUCGUAUAAAAAACCAAUACGGAUAAUCACAAAGACACGUGAUAUGUACAAUAUAGCUUGUGCCAUGUGCGGUGUGGUUCCAUUGCGCCAAUUUGUUAAACAAUGUCAUGGAAGAUAUGUGAACCUAAAUAGCGUCAUGAUGAGUGCCAAAACUAUAAAACCCAUUGCUAUAUCACUUGUGAGGGACAGAAGAGUGGUGGAUCUUGACGUUUCAGAAAACAACAUUGGUCCACUGGGAACGAUGUAUAUAUCAGAGAUGAUGACACGCAAUGAUAAUAUUGUAGAACUGAAUCUCAGUUGCACAUAUCCCGGAAAGGAGGGACUGCGCGUGCUCAGUGAAUCUCUGACACAGAACAAGUCACUUGAAAUCUUAAGAUUGGAAUCAAAUAAAAUUCAGCACACUGAAACGCAUUUAAUCAACUCUUUAAUUGAAAAUGUUCGCAAUCUUAAAGAAUUAUAUCUGGGACAUAAUGCAAUCGGGUACGAGGGAGGCUGUGCGCUUGCAAAAUGCCUUGAGGAUAACACUACUUUAAGGAUUUUGGAUUUACAGUGGAAUCAUAUUCGGAGAGAAAGUGCGUCAGCCCUGUGUAAAUGUCUGUCCGAAAAUGUGGGUCUUCGGACAUUAGACAUUUCAUGGAAUGGACUGGGUAAAGAAGGGUGUAUCGCACUGGCCACAUCCUUGCCUAAGAAUGUCUACCUCAAAUCCUUAAUCAUCACUUCAAACAGAAUCGACAUGUUGUCAUUAAGGUUUUUGCUUCACGGUUUGGUCCGAAACAAAGCGCUUAUUUCACUAGAGAUGGGACGUAAUCCAAUAACGACAGAGGGCGCUAAAGCAGUCAUUAGGGCCGUGCUGUCUUCCAAAGUCAGCUCACUGGAAAGGAUUUGUCUGGAUGACAUUUCUGUAGACGAACAGUUUAUGGUGUUCAUGAAAGAACUGUAUGACAAAAAAGGAGUUAGGGUAACUCACGGGGAGCUACUCAGUAACGGAAAUGUAGUUGAAGAAAAACAUCACGAUCCCCAUGAUCUUAAUCGGUUUGAUCCGGUUAUGGUGCUGGUCGAAUACAUGCGGAUCGAUAAUCUUCGACUCAUCGACUUCUUCCAGUAUCUCGACACAAACUCGAGAGAGAAGCUGAGCAAAAGUGAUUUCCGAGAAGGGGCAGCGAACUUGUGUUUGCCCUUAACGGAACACCAUCUUGACUUAGUCAUGGAAAAGGUCGAUUUAAAGAAGGAUGGUUAUGUGGACUUAGAAGAAUUUAUGACCGUGCAUCGAGAAGUUUCUCGUCAGAUCACACAAAGAACAACGAAAGCCAAAUCAAAGAAGAAGGAAGACGAGGGUUUGGUCAGCUUACGGAAAAUACUCAAAGAAAUUGUAGAAAAACGCAACAAAUCUCACAAAGAGAAGGCAAGAGACAAAAUUCAGAUGAAAAAUUCUGGAGGACAACUCACACAACUCGGUGCAGCAAGAAGACUUUCCGAAACAACCAAUUCUCUUAAACCGACCAAUCAGAGACGGAGAAACUCCAUUCAAAUAUCGACAUCCCCCCGCUCAGUCAUAUCAAAUCAUGAUAAUGGAGAGACAAAUAGUCAUAUUUUAGAACAAUGAUUUUUUUCAGAGCGUACAUGUAAAUUAUUUUGUUAUGUUUAUCCAUUGAAACGAAAAAUAAAAUAAGUUUGAUUUGUA